UCGCUGUAUCCGGCAGCGUCAAUAAAGUUGCAGCGGUUUGACAUUUGCGGUGGACAACAUGGCGGUCUCCACGUUCGGCGCUGUGCUGCGGACAGUCCGGCAGGUGCUUCCUUCAUCAGCUUCAGGCCAAGUUCGAAGUUACUAUGUAGAUUGGAAAAUGUUGCGUGAUGUGAAGAGAAGAAAAAUGGCCUAUGAGUAUGCAGAUGAGAGGCUUCGGAUCAAUUCUCUCAGGAAGAAUACCAUUCUGCCAAAAGACCUUCAGACUGACGUCCUAGAGGUCAUGUCAGUGUUUACAUAGCUUAAUGACAGAUUUUGCUCAGACACCUCAAAUCUGGGCUUCCCUGGUGGCACAGUGGUUAAGAAUCUACCUGCCAAUGCAGGGGACACGGGUUCGAGCCCUGGUCCACGAAGAUCCCACACACUGCAGAGCAACUAAGCCCAUGCACCACAACUACUGAGCCUGUGCUCUAGAGCCCGUGAGCCACAACUACUGAGCCCACACGCCACAACUACUGAAGCCCGUGCGCCUAGAGCCUGUGCUCUGCAACAAGAGAAGCCACCACAAUGAGAAGCCCACACACCGCAACGAAGAGUAGACCCUGCUCGCUAUGACUACAGAAAGCCCAUGCACAGCAAUGAAGACCCAACACAGCCAAAAAGGUUAAAAACAAACGAAAAAAAAGUCACUUACAUUCCUUUUUCUAACGAAGUGUUAAUAAUUUUUGAAUUCUCUCAAUGUGUCAUGUUUUUGGUAAUUGUGGGGGUUUUUUGCCAUGUAAACGUUCAUUACGUAGUUAAAAUUAUCAAUAUUUAGCUUUGUUACAUUUAGAUUUUAAGUAAGUCACAUAGUAUAGUU